AUGACCAAACAGAAAUUGGGUACAGAAUUCCAAAUGAAGAAAUCCAAGGAUCCUUUUGAAAUUGCAUUUGUGGAGCAAGAUGAAUCACCCUCUGAAUCACCCACUGGCCCUGAUGAGAAUGAAGCACAAACUCCAGAUCCUUCAACAUCUGCAACUGCUUCAAACCCCGUUAGGACUGCUGGUCCUACUGGAAAGUCCAAAGAAGAAGAUGAGGAAGAAGAAGAAGACAACAUGGAUGUUGAGCUUGGAAAGUUACCUUCUAGUAGCGAUCCUGAUAAAACGGCCAUUAUGCAGACUAUUCUGUCUCAAUUUACGGAGAAACAGAUGAGUAGGUAUGAAUCAUUUCGAAGAUCUGGAUUUCAGAAAUCAAACAUGAAGCGGUUAUUGACAAGCAUAACUGGAAGUGCCAAAAUUUCUAUGCCUAUGACAAUCGUGGUAUCCGGAAUAGCAAAAAUGUUCGUCGGGGAGCUUGUUGAAACUGCCAGAAUAGUGAUGGCAGAGAGAAAAGAGUCGGGGCCAAUCAGGCCGUGCCACAUGAGAGAAGCAUAUAGAAGACUAAAACUUGAAGGCAAGAUUCCAAAAAGAUCCAUGCCAAGGCUUUUCCGCUAA